AGUUUCUCUACUUUUACUUUAGAAAUACUGUUGACAAAUACACAAACGACUUUCAAGAUGUCAAAAACUCUACGCCUAGUUGCAUGUGUGGCUUUCUGUGCGUUCUUUUUAAGAACUGAGGGCAAGAAACCACUUCAAGAAGAAGAUUGUGAAGUUUGUGUGAAUGUAUUGCGCAACUUUGAAAAAAAGUACCCGGACAUAAAGGAUAAAGACACAGACACUAUCGAAGCAACAUUUCAGAAAUUUUGCAAGAAUCUCAAAGAAAAAGAUGAAAGAUUUUGCUAUUACAUAGGAGGUGCUGCUACGUCUGCUACUAACAUUCUGAAAAUGAUGUCACGGCCUUUCAAGAAUCAUCUUCCAAUGGUGAAAAUCUGUGAAAAACUGCAAGAUGCUGACCCUCAAAUCUGUGACCUUAAAUAUGAAAAGAAGGUGGACCUUGGCGAGAUAAAUUUCAAGAAACUCAAGGUCAAGGACUUGAAGAAAAUCUUGUCGGACUGGAACGAAGAUGCAGCUUGCAAAGGGUGCAGUGAGAAAUCCGAAUUUGAGCGUGCAGUGAAGCAGUUGAUGCCCAAACAUGCACCAGAGGCAUACCAGAAACUCAAGGACAGGGAGGAACUUUGAUUGAAUGUUAAGCCUUAGGAAUUAUUUAAAUACUUAGUACGUAUUUCUUAACGGAAGUAAAAGUGCUUUUAAAUCAGCCUAUACACACAAUUUCUUUUAAGAAGGAAAUAUAAGAAAAAAGAUUACUUUUACAAUUAAAAGUUGAAGCUUCAUUCACUUAACUAUUUGUGAACAUAUCGGUAAACCUUCUUUUUGUGCUGAAAUAUGGCUUUUUAUUCAGCACUGAUUAUACUCUUUAGACUUGUGUUUUUUUUUUUUUAAGAAUGCUUGCCUUAAGUCUACUUAAAAAAAGGAAAAAAGACUGAACCAUUUUCAUGUAUUUCUCAACAUGAUCAAAAAGUGAUAUUUUGAUUGUAUUAUUUUAAUAUGAAUUGUUUGCUGUUAGGGUUAUUGACUCAUUGUAGAAAGAUUAAAGAGUUCAUGUUGACAUGUUUCCAUUUAGGUUUCAUUUGUGUGAAUUCAAUACAAAAUGGAAUGAAAUAUAAAUCAUUCGUUUUUUUAUCAUCAUGGUUUAUAACAGUAUUCAAUUAGAUCAGAUUGCUGGUAAUAACAUUAAAAGCUAGUUUUGAUGGUCAUGAAAUAAGUAUGUUGUGAAAAGAAUAAAUAAUUUUAAAUUACAAGAUUGAAAUUAGAUAAGUUAAUUUUGAACUUCACAUGUAUGUAUGAAGUUAUAUGUCAUAAUGUGUGACCUUGUCAAUGUUAUUGUAAGUUUAUUUUACUGGUAACAUCAUGUUAAAACUAAGUUUGAGCUUAUUCACUUACUCAUUUUUCAUUUUGAAAAAUGUAUAUUUGUGUGUCUCAUUUCAUAAUUGGUGUUUAAUGUGUGUGUAAAUAGGGAUUCAUUUAUUGUGACAAAUACAGUAUGUUUAAUGUUCAAAUACUUUUUUAUGCCCCCGGUAUGGUGGCAUAUUGCAUUUGAACUGUCCGUCAGUCUGUGCGUCCGUCCGAAAACUUUAACAUUGGCCAUAACUUUUGCAAUUGAAGAUAGCAACUUGAUAUUUGGCAUGCACGUGUAUCUCAUGGAGCUGCACAUUUUGAGUGAUGAAAGGUCAAGGUCAGUCUUAAUGGUCAAAAGUCAAAUAUAGGGCGUCUGUUCGUCCGUCCGAAAACUUUAACAUUGGCCAUAUCUUUUGUAAUAUUGAAGAAAGCAACUUCAUAUUUGACAUGCAUGUGUAUCUCAUGGAGCAGCACAUUUUGAGUGGUGAGAGGUCAAGAUCAUCCUUCAAGGUCAAAAGUAAAAAAACAAAUCCAAGGGAAGUAACAAGCUUUAAAGGAAGAUAAUUUCUAUUUAUCAUUUGGCAGGUACAGAUCAUUUUCACAAAGGAAGUAAUAAAGGAAUAUAAUAAUAUAAAAAAUAAAUAAAUCAAAGCGGCACAGUAGGAGGCAUUGUGUUUCUGACAAACACAAAUCUUGUUUUGGAAAAAUAAAUCCUUAAAAUUGUU